AUGCUUCCUCGUGGUGAUUUAAUGUACUGCGCUUAUUAUCAGUAUAAAAUAUGGGAUUCGGCACCUUCAUCUAUGCAGCCUAGUGUUUCAUUGCCACCUCCUGCAUUGACCUCUCCUCCAUCGAUUCCGGUCUUGGAGCGGGUAGUGCCUCAUGUCUCCUCAUCAUCGAGGGCCAAGGCUAAUCCUGCUCCCUCAAAUAAACCUUUGUGUCCACCUAGGACCGCACAGCCUCCAAGAGUGUUUGUUGUUCAUGCGACUACGCCCAGCGCAACCAAGGGAAAGGCACUCGUGCUGUCAAAGUCCACGGCCCGUCCUCCCUUCGAGCUCCUGAUCAUGGCCGAUAUUCCUCAGCCCUCUCGUUAUGAGAAGAUGGAGUGCUCUCCUCAUGUCCCUUCAUCACAGCCUAUGUCGGCACCCUUUGUUCCUCCAGCCACUCCUUGA